UGACCGCCAUAUUGGAGCGGCUUCGGCCGGGAGGGGCUGUGCUGAGUGGCGCUGCUUCUCUGGGCGUGGCUUUCGUCUGGCGAAAAGUCGCUGGAGGGAGGUGGAAGAGAUGGCGGCCUCGGCGCAGGAAGAUGGCGCCCGCGGCCCAGAGCAAGGGCGGCGGGGCUGCGAGCACUAUGACAGAGGAUGUCUCCUGAAGGCACCUUGCUGUGACAAACUUUACACUUGUCGGUUGUGUCAUGAUAACAAAGAAGAUCAUCAGCUAGAUCGCUUUAAAGUAAAGGAAGUGCAGUGCAUAAACUGUGAAAAAAUUCAGCACGCCCAACAGACUUGUGAAGAAUGUAGCACAUUGUUUGGAGAAUAUUAUUGCAACAUAUGUCAUCUGUUUGACAAAGACAAGAAGCAGUACCAUUGUGAAAACUGUGGAAUUUGUAGGAUUGGCCCAAAGGAAGAUUUUUUCCACUGUUUGAAAUGUAACUUAUGCCUAGCUAUGAGUCUCCAAGGAAAACACAAGUGUAUUGAAAAUGUCUCCAGGCAGAAUUGCCCAAUAUGUUUGGAGGACAUUCAUACAUCACGUGUUGUUGCUCAUGUUUUGCCAUGUGGACAUCUUCUGCACAGAACGUGUUAUGAAGAAAUGUUGAAAGAAGGCUACAGAUGUCCAUUAUGUAUGCAUUCUGCUUUAGACAUGAGUAGGUACUGGAGACAGCUGGAUGAGGAGGUAGCACAGACUCCUAUGCCAUCGGAAUAUCAGAAUAUGACUGUGGAUAUUCUCUGCAAUGAUUGCAAUGGAAGAUCUACAGUGCAGUUCCAUAUAUUAGGAAUGAAAUGCAAUAUUUGUGAAUCCUACAAUACUGCUCAAGCUGGCGGCUGUAGAAUUUCAUUAGAUCAGCAAUGAUCACCCUAUACUGCACUGGAAAACUCAGCAUUUUCUGAUAUAGAAAAGUUAUCUUUAGUAUCCUGUUGUUAUAAUGUGUCAGAAUCUGUGCAUUAGAGUUGAUGUGUUUUGUAUUAGUGUCACACCGAAAAAUCAUAUGUACAUAAGGAUUCAGGGUCUCAGUAGAAUUAUCAGAGCUCUAUAUUGGGUGAAAGCUACUGCACUUGUGUUUUGAUCAGAAAUUCCUUUAGUGUCAGCUGUUUAGAAGGCAGUGAUGUUUGCCACUGAAAAUUAACAUCCCUAGAAGUAUGUUAUACUUCCAUGAACUUUUCUUGAUAGAACUGCACUUAAUUCUCAGUAUUAUUCUUGAUUUUUAAGGCUGUGUUAUAAUGAGAAUAUGUUCUAUCUUAAAUAUGUUCAAGUCAAUUACAUGUGCUUUAGGUUUUUCUAUCACAGUACUUUGGAUCCUGUAAAUGUGAAUUUUGAUGUAAUAACUGCUAAUAAAAUUAUAUUAAAACAGUAUUUUAUAGAAAGGUUUUUUCCUAGGGUUAUCUGCUUUUGCUUCAUUAGGCAGUGCAGUCAGUUUUGUAAUAUAAAGGAAAUCUUUUCCUUCUUUUGAGGUUUUUUCCAUAAGAGUAAUUGGGAAAAAUUCCAAGCCUUUAAGCGUUCAACACUGAAAUAAUUUUAUUGAGGUGGAAAUUAUCUCUUCAAAGAAUAGUCCAUUUAUUCAGUGAAUGUUCAUCAAGUGUUCAUUGAGCAGCUACUGUUUGCUGGGUAUGGUUCUAGAUGCUGUGAAGAAAUAGUCAAUGAUGCAAACAAAAGGCAUUGCUGUUAGAGAGGUACAUUCAAGUGGCCCUCAUACUCAACUAGCCUUCCCCUGUGCACAUGGUGGUUAUCUUUGUUGUAAAUGUGUGAAUUCCCUACAUGAUGGAAUGGAGGUAUGAAUGAGUAAAAGUGGUACUACAUAUGCCUGGCCAGAUUUCUGAUUUUGGUGGGGGGGAGGAGAGAGGCUUGUAAUAAAAUUAAAUGUACCUCUUAAUGUGGAGCAAAGUAUACAAAAAUGCUUAGCUUGUUAUAUGUAUAUGUAUAAUAUAUAAAUGUUCAGCUUAUAUAAAGCUAUAGGUUACAGAAUAAAGUUUGUACAU